AGAUGAUGUCAGACGCUACCUCAGGAAAUGAAGAAAUCAGUCUUGUUCUGAUAAAAUUAAUUCUAGUAUAUGAUUCUGUUUUUUUUGAAACUCUGAACUAGGAGAUAAACAAAUGUUGAAGUAUUUUUUUCAUUAUUUCUUUUAACAAUCUUCUGAACCUUAUUCUUGAAUUAAAUUUUUAUGCCUUUCAUGACAUUAAGAUCCUCAAUUUUUCUGUGGACCCAUGAUAUCGAAUUUGACUAAUUAUUGGUGGUUAAUCCAGUAGAUAAAACAACUUCCACUUUAUUAUUCUGGAGGAUUCUGAAUUAGCUGCAAUGUUAUUUGUACAGACUGAUACUUGUAGCUGCCCAUCUUUGUUAUCAUGGAUGUAGUUGAGACAAGCAUUAUGAACAUCAAGCUAGGAUCACCAGUCACCUGUUCGAGAGAAAAAUUGCUGAUUCCUGAAUAAUUAUAGUGAUAAAUAUUGCACUUUUCUGGUACAAGUGCCAUGUAUCAGUUGGUGAGAUGUGAUUCUUUUUCUUUGUAUAUUCUGUCUGCAAAAUGCGUUCUUGUUUUGCUUAUGCUUAUUUGUUCUAUAUCCAUUGGUUAAGAACUUAAUGUGAGGUAGUUCAGUUGCAUCUAUUUACACAAAAUUCGGGUGAAGAUGGCAGCAUGUCAAAGAUAAGUGAAGAUCUUGGGGCAUGUUAAACUAGUAAUAUAUGGGGAUUUUGUCCUUUGGGACUUGUAGCAAAUGCCCUUUAUUCAGACAUCACUGAGCAUCUUGUUUGUACUUCCUUUGAAACUAACUUUGCAGCAAAGAGUUAGAGUAACAAAAGAUUUUCUUUUAUCAAAAUAUUGGGAAAACAGAAGUUUGUUGAUGACUCUGAAGGAAUGCUCUAAUCUGGAAUUCUCAACUUUUCAUCACUGGAGGUCAGGUAACACAUUGGCAGUAUAAAAUCUGCUAAAGUUUGUCUAUAAAAACUCAGUUGUUUUAGGAUCAUACAGCAAACAUUACUGGGUUGGACUAAUGGUAAAAUCGGCAGGUGGAGGUUGUGAAAGGAGAGCCAAAGUAGGAAAGUUGCACCGGAGAUGUAAGUGAGCAGCUGUGCAUGGUCUUGAGAAUGACAUCAACCCAUGUUGCCUGAAAGUUAAGCCAGUAGUGCUGAUGAAUGGACUACACAUUGAGCAUUGUUGGAGAAAAGAAUCAUUUUUACUUUGUUGAAUUUUAUGAUUCUGUUGGUACAUAGGAGGAACAAGCAUUUUGAUGGAAAUGCUUAGGUCAUGGAACAGUGAUGGUGAAAUUGUGUUGUUAUCCGGGAAGUCGUUUAGCCUUAUUCUCAGGUAUGGUGAACACCCACAAACAUCCUGUGUGGUAUGUUGCCUGCUGUAAUGUGUUGCUGCAUAGUUUGUGGUCCUUUACAAGGUAAAUAGUUGCUGAUUUUUUUUUUUAAUGACUACUUUUAAUUUUAUUAUGAAACUAGGGAUGUUUACUGCCACAUGUCUACACCAAUCUCAAUCAACAGAAAAAAGAGAUCCUGGAAUCUGCAUUUCAAUUUAUGGAGUGUACAUGUCAAAAUUGUUCAUUAUGUGUGACCUAUAUAUUCUAACAUCUCUUUGCUAUUUUGUCAGUGACUCAGGUGAUCCCACAAAGUUUAGAUUGGUUUUGUCCGCUGACGCCUGAGCAUUCCAAGGAGAAGUUCAUACAUUGCUUCACCAAGGAAAACAAGAAGUGAAUAAGGGGAGGCAUAAUAUAAUAUUUGAAGAUGGGGAUGGGUAUUUGAAGAUGGGGAUGUGUACGCCACUCGCGUUGUGAAAUGACGAAUGUACCCUCUCCCUUCGACCCGGCCUCGGCACCGAUGAUGGCAUUCCUGUUAUUUUCUGUCUCUCUCAGGGACAGUUGCUCAUGCCGGGAUGGAGUCUAACAGGAUGCGCGAGAGGCCGUGUCGUCCUCAAAAGGCUACCACCGCCGCGUUCGAUCGCUCCCCCCGCCCCCCCCUUCGGCUGCUUCGUUGCCAAGACAGAGUGCAUUAGGAGGGCAAAAAGGAGGACGAGAGAGAGAGAGAGAGAGAGAGAGAGAUUGGAAUCAUUGCUCAGUCUGGUUCUUGUAGAUCGGUACACGAUGUCUCGCGAUCCCAAUCCGUUCGACGAAAUGGACGUGAACCCGUUCGCGACUUCAGCUGCUUCUGGAUCUAAUUCUCGCCUUCCUACACUGGCAUCAAAAGCCUUUGGAUUUGGUAACAAGAAUGACGCGACAGUGGACAUACCAUUGGACACAGUAAAUGAUGCAAAGAAAAGGGAGAAGGAACUCGCCACAUGGGAAGAGAACCUGAAAAGGAGGGAAAUGGACAUUAAACGAAGGGAGGAUGCAUUGUCAAGAGCUGGUGUCACUAUUGAGGAAAAGAACUGGCCACCGUUUUUUCCUAUCAUUCAUCAUGAUAUAGCCAAGGAAAUUCCAGUGCAUGCUCAGAGGUUGCAAUACUUGGCAUUUGCUAGUUGGUUAGGAAUUCUCCUCUGUCUUUCAUGGAAUGUUAUUGCUGUGAUUGUUUGCUGGAUUAAAGGGGGAGGCGUGAAGAUCUUUUUCCUUGCAAUUAUCUAUGGUUUGCUUGGAUGUCCUCUUUCAUAUGUGCUUUGGUACAGACCUUUGUACCGUGCAAUGAGGACUGAUAGUGCACUUAAGUUUGGGUGGUUUUUCCUAUUCUACCUGAUCCAUGUUGGUUUUUGUAUCCUUGCUGCCAUUGCUCCUCCGAUUGUGUUCCAUGGGAAGUCAUUAACGGGAAUCCUUGCAGCAAUUGAUACCUUUUCAGAUCAUGCAUUGGUUGGGAUCUUCUACCUGGUUGGCUUUGGUUUGUUUUGCUUAGAGACACUAAUAAGCUUGUGGGUACUUCAGAGAGUUUAUAUGUACUUCAGAGGGCACGAGUGACGAUGCAAGGUUAGCCACUUUCCAGUGCGAAAGUUCCAGACAACCAAUAUGAUACAUGGACAGAGAAAUCUCUUCGACUCUUUUCCAUUACGGCAUAUUAUUAGGUGGUGUAUAAUAAUAUAUAUUGUGGAAUUUAUUGGUCUAGUUUUCACAGUUUCUUUCCUCUUGGGAGCCCAUCUUUCAUCGUACUUGAUAUUUUUCAGUAUUUUGUAUUAUUCAUGAUGUUAGUCUGUUAAAUAUGUUACAUCAUGUUAUUUCUGGGUCACCAACAUAUCGUAGUGCGUUUUUGUUGAAGUGAGAAACAGGUAUUGCCUUAUUGUUCCUA